ACAGGAAAUCAAUCUAAAUGGGCAUACAUUUGCAAAAGGGAGUUGAGAAUUACCAUUCAGUAAGUAUAUAUAAUAUUUAUUUUGAAUCAGGAAAUUUUAAAAAAGUGGCACUUACACAAACAUGGCUGCUGUGAUUGUUCAAUUUCAGUCAGUGGCACUGAUCACCUCAGGUUACAGCUAUAUUGGAGCAAAAGCAAACAUCAACGUAUGGAAUCCACGAGUUGAAGCUGACGAUGAAUACACAACAGGUCAGAUGUGGCUGAGAAAUGGCCCUUACAAUAACUCAGACAGCAUUGAGCUAGGAUGGAUGGUGAAUCCUUCUGUUUAUGGUGAUCGAAGAACCAGAUUAUUCACAUACUGGACUGUUGACUCUGGGAAGACACUUGGCUGCUUUGAUCUCCUCUGCCCCGGGUUCGUUCAGUUGAGCAAUGAGAUAACUCUUGGUGCACCCAUCGAGCCUGUCUCUACAAGCAUGGGACCACAAUACCAGAUACCGGUCGAAGUCAUCAAGGUAAUUUUCAUCAUUAAAAGUAUAUUCAUUUGUUCAAAGAUACAAAACCAUUCUCAGGACAACAAAAACGAAGCCUGGUGGUUCAUAUACGCAUACAACAUCACCGUAGGUUACUGGCCAGCGGAGAUAUUCAGAGGCAUGAGCAGGAUCGCAACGCUGGUGGAGUGGGGUGGCGACGUAUACACGCCGAGGCUAAGAUCAGGAGGGCCACACACAGCCACUGCCAUGGGCAGCGGAGCCUUCGCCAAUGAGCACUGGGGGUACUCCAGCUUCAUCCAAAAGCCAAGAAUCAUGGACUAUUCCUCAACAUACAAGUAUCCGCAACCAUACGGCGCGUACACACCGGCAAUAAACUGCUACAGCGGCGAGAACUACGCCAGAAAGCUCUUCACCGAGCCCUUAUUCUACUUUGGCGGCCCUGGGCGCAACAUGUACUGCCCUUGAGGAUUGAGAGCAUCAUCAUCACCACCUCCAUGACUCCGUCUCCAUGAAAAAGGCUCCAUUUUUAUCUC